AUUUUCUUGAACAAUUAUUUCUUUAUGAACAGUUAUUUCUUCAAAAUUUAUGGCUGCAGGAUAAGCAAUAAAAUGAUUGUUAUGAUAAGCAAUAAAUUUAUAUAUACCUUUUGACCUGCCUAAAGGGACGUUGUUCCAUCUUCUUGACAGAGAAAAUUUUUUUGGUAAAUGCUAAAAUUAGCCAAAUUCGCACAAGAAAUGAAUGGUGGUAUGCAUCAUGUGGUCCAAAUUGCAAGAAAAAGGUCUCUCCUAGAGAAGCAUACAUGUGGUGUACUAAAUGUGCAAAGAAAGUUGAAUAUCCAGUACCCAGGUAUCGUUUGGAAUUGGUGGUUGGUGAUAACACUGGGGAGACAAUCUUUGUUCUUUUUGAUGAUGUUGCUUUUGGACUAAUACAACUUAGUGCUACAGAAAUAAUUGAUAAACACAUUGUUAAUGAUGAUGAAGAAUAUCAACUCCCUCCAGCAUUGUUGAAUUUGAUAGAUACUACUCAUGUAUUUCAAUUGAAGGUAAGCAGUUUCAGUAAAGCUGGUGGAGUUGAGUCUUUUAUGGUUAACAAGAUGGUUACUGAUUCCAAGAAACAUGAAAAUACCUCUUCAAAUGAUAAUGCUACAAUUGAUUUGGGAAAAUCAAAUGCAAUUGGUCAAUCAUCAGAUUCAUCAAGUAAAAAUCUAACAAAUGUGCAUGAGGAAGGCAAGUCCGAAAAGAGCUUGAUAAAGAGAAGAAGACUUUUGCUUUCAAAAGAAAGUGAUGAUGAGGAGAUAAGAGAAGACCCAAUACAAUGGGAUGACAAGGACACAAAAUAAGAUUUUGAUAAAUAUAUUGUAUUAGUUCAUUAAAUUUCAUAGACAUCUAUAGUAGUCAAAUAAAAUUUUGAAGCUUUU